UAUGCGCUGACCAGCCUCCAUCGCCAUUGCAGGUCCAGGGAGUCGGUGAAGUGGCAGUCGGUAAUUAGCCAGGGAAACACCUUAACCGAGCGCUGACGGGACGAAUGAGAAGCACCAUCACACCGACAACACGCUUUACGGAAGGUUUAGACACAUUUGAGAAGUGGGCUUUAGAGUAGAUGCUCCCUGGCUGUCCGGCUAGGACCUGUGAGAAGCAGCCUUUAGUUUGUUAGCAGUAGAAGAAACCGGAGGAGGGUGACAGGAGGAACCGCCAUGGCUCAGAUCCUGCCGAUUCGCUUUCAGGAGCACCUGCAGCUCCAGAAUUUGGGAAUCAAUCCGGCCAACAUCGGCUUCAGCACCCUGACCAUGGAGUCGGACAAAUUCAUCUGUGUCCGCGAGAAAGUGGGGGAGCAGGCUCAGGUUGUGAUCAUCGACAUGGCUGACCCCAACACUCCGAUCAGGAGGCCCAUCUCAGCUGACAGCGCCAUUAUGAACCCCGCUAGCAAGGUCAUCGCUCUUAAAGACGCGGCCAAAACCCUUCAGAUCUUUAACAUUGAGAUGAAGAGCAAGAUGAAGGCGCACACCAUGACGGACGACGUGACUUUCUGGAAGUGGAUCUCUCUGAACACUGUCGCACUUGUGACCGACACCGCUGUCUACCACUGGAGCAUGGAGGGGGACUCUCAGCCUAUCAAAGUCUUUGACCGCCACUCCAGCCUGGCAGGCUGCCAGAUCAUCAAUUACCGCACUGACGCCAAGCAGAAAUGGCUCCUUCUUAUUGGCAUCUCCGCUCAGCAAAAUCGGGUGGUGGGAGCCAUGCAGCUCUACUCUGUGGACAGAAAGGUUUCUCAGCCCAUCGAAGGCCACGCUGCCAGCUUCGCCCAGUUUAAGAUCGACGGAAACGCAGAGGAAUCCACUCUCUUCUGCUUUGCUGUCAGAGGCACGGCUGGAGGAAAGCUACACAUCAUUGAGGUGGGAACCCCACCAACUGGUAAUCAGCCAUUUGCAAAGAAAGCUGUGGAUGUCUUCUUUCCUCCCGAAGCACAGAAUGACUUUCCCGUGGCCAUGCAGAUAAGUUCUAAGAACAACGUGGUUUUCCUCAUAACCAAAUAUGGCUACAUCCACCUGUACGACCUGGAGACGGGAACCUGCAUCUACAUGAACCGCAUCAGUGGAGAGACCAUCUUUGUCACCGCUCCACAUGAGGCUACUUCGGGCAUCAUUGGGGUCAACAGAAAGGGACAGGUGCUGUCUGUUUGCGUGGAAGAAGAAAAUAUCAUUCCAUACAUCACCAAUGUGCUGCAGAAUCCAGACCUUGCUCUCCGCUUAGCUGUCCGCAACAACCUGGCAGGAGGGGAAGAGCUCUUUGCACGCAAGUUCAACAACCUCUUUGCUGCUGGCAACUACUCUGAGGCUGCCAAAGUUGCUGCUAAUGCACCAAAGGGAAUCCUGCGCACUCCCGACACCAUUCGUCGCUUCCAGGGCGUUCCAACUCAGCCGGGCCAGACCUCUCCCUUGCUGCAGUACUUUGGUAUCCUGUUGGACCAGGGCCAGCUCAACAAGUUUGAGUCCCUGGAGCUUUGCAGACCCGUCCUCCAGCAGGGGCGAAAGCAGCUUCUGGAGAAGUGGCUGAAGGAAGACAAGUUGGAGUGUUCAGAGGAACUGGGUGAUCUGGUGAAGGCAGUGGAUCCCACCUUGGCCCUCAGUGUGUAUCUGCGGGCAAAUGUCCCCAACAAGGUCAUUCAGUGCUUUGCAGAGACUGGUCAGUUCCCCAAAAUCGUCCUGUAUGCCAAGAAGGUCGGCUACACCCCGGACUGGAUCUUUCUGCUCAGGAAUGUGAUGCGCAUUAACCCAGAACAAGGUCUGCAGUUUGCACAGAUGCUGGUCCAGGAUGAAGAGCCCUUAGCAGACAUCACACAGAUUGUGGACGUGUUCAUGGAGUACAACUUGAUCCAGCAGUGCACCUCUUUCCUCCUCGAUGCCUUAAAGAACAACAGACCUUCAGAAGGGCCGCUGCAAACUCGCCUCUUGGAGAUGAACCUCAUGCACGCCCCACAGGUUGCUGACGCAAUCCUGGGUAACCAGAUGUUCACACACUAUGACCGUGCCCACAUUGCCCAGCUGUGUGAGAAGGCUGGCCUUCUUCAGAGGGCACUGGAGCACUACACAGACCUGUACGACAUCAAGCGUGCCGUGGUGCACACACACCUUCUCAACCCAGAGUGGCUGGUGAACUUCUUUGGCUCGUUGUCAGUGGAGGAUUCAAUGGAGUGCCUCAGGGCCAUGCUCUCGGCUAACAUCCGCCAGAACCUGCAGAUCUGUGUCCAGGUGGCCUCCAAGUACCACGAACAACUCUCCACAGCGUCUCUCACCGAACUCUUCGAGUCCUUCAAGAGCUUUGAAGGUUUGUUCUACUUCCUGGGCUCCAUUGUGAACUUCAGUCAGGAUGCUGAAGUCCACUUCAAGUACAUUCAAGCUGCCUGCAAGACGGGCCAAAUCAAAGAGGUGGAGAGGAUCUGCAGAGAGAGCAACUGCUACGACCCUGAGCGGGUCAAGAACUUUCUAAAGGAAGCCAAACUCACCGACCAGCUGCCCCUCAUCAUAGUCUGUGACCGUUUUGAUUUCGUCCAUGACCUGGUCCUUUACCUGUACAGGAACAACCUGCAAAAGUACAUUGAGAUUUACGUUCAGAAGGUGAAUCCUAGCCGUCUGCCGGUCGUUGUUGGCGGUCUCCUGGAUGUGGACUGCUCCGAGGAUGUCAUCAAGAGUCUGAUCUUGGUCGUCAGAGGACAGUUCUCCACUGAUGAACUGGUUGCAGAGGUGGAAAAGAGGAACAGACUGAAGCUGCUGCUGCCCUGGCUGGAGUCCCGUAUCCAUGAAGGCUGUGAAGAGCCCGCCACCCACAACGCCCUGGCAAAGAUAUACAUCGACAGCAACAACAACCCUGAACGCUUCCUGCGGGAGAACCCCUACUAUGACAGCCGCGUGGUGGGGAAGUACUGCGAGAAGAGGGACCCUCACUUGGCCUGCGUGUCUUAUGAGCGAGGCCAGUGUGACCAGGAGCUAAUCAACGUUUGCAAUGAGAACUCCCUGUUCAAGAGCUUGUCUCGCUACCUGGUGCGACGCAAAGACGCUGAUCUGUGGGCCACCGUGUUAAUUGAGAGCAACCCCUACAGACGGCCACUCAUUGACCAGGUGGUACAAACAGCUCUGUCAGAAACCCAGGACCCUGAGGAGGUCUCAGUCACCGUCAAAGCUUUCAUGACUGCCGACUUGCCCAAUGAGCUCAUUGAGCUGCUGGAGAAAAUUGUGCUGGACAAUUCCGUCUUCAGUGAACACAGAAAUCUGCAGAACCUGCUGAUCCUGACUGCAAUCAAAGCUGACCACACACGUGUGAUGGAAUACAUUAGCAGGCUGGACAACUACGACGCCCCUGAUAUCGCCAACAUCGCCAUCAGCAAUGAGCUCUUUGAGGAGGCCUUUGCCAUCUUUAAGAAGUUUGACGUCAACACCUCUGCUGUGCAGGUGCUCAUUGAGCACAUCAGCAACCUGGACCGGGCCUAUGAGUUUGCAGAACGCUGCAAUGAGCCCGCUGUGUGGAGCCAGCUGGCCAAGGCUCAGCUACAGAAGGAGCUGGUUAAAGAGGCGAUUGACUCCUACAUCAAAGCUGAUGACCCGUCUGCGUACAUGGAGGUGGUCCAGGCAGCCGACAAGAGUGGAAACUGGGAGGACCUCGUCAAGUUCCUUCAGAUGGCUCGCAAGAAGGCCCGUGAGUCCUACGUGGAGACCGAGCUGAUCUUUGCUUUGGCUAAAACCAAUCGCCUGGCCGAACUUGAGGAGUUCAUUAACGGACCCAACAACGCUCACAUCCAGCAGGUUGGUGACCGUUGCUAUGACGAGAAAAUGUACGAAGCAGCCAAACUGCUUUACAACAACGUCUCCAACUUCGGCCGCCUGGCCUCCACUCUGGUGCAUCUGGGCGAGUAUCAAGCUGCCGUGGACGGAGCCCGCAAGGCCAACAGCACCCGCACCUGGAAGGAGGUGUGCUUCGCCUGCGUGGACGGCCAGGAGUUCAGGCUGGCCCAGAUGUGUGGCCUCCACAUCGUGGUGCACGCCGACGAGCUGGAGGAGCUGAUCAACUAUUACCAAGAUCGCGGCUACUUUGAGGAGUUGAUCACCAUGCUGGAGGCUGCCCUGGGCCUGGAGCGCGCUCACAUGGGCAUGUUCACAGAGCUGGCCAUCCUUUACUCAAAGUUCAAACCCCAGAAGAUGAGGGAGCAUCUGGAGCUGUUCUGGUCCAGAGUCAACAUCCCCAAGGUUCUGAGAGCAGCCGAGCAGGCUCAUCUGUGGGCAGAGCUGGUCUUCCUCUAUGACAAGUACGAGGAGUUUGAUAACGCCAUCAUCACCAUGAUGAAUCACCCGACAGACGCCUGGAAGGAGGGCCAGUUCAAAGACAUCAUCACCAAAGUGGCCAAUGUGGAGCUGUACUACAAAGCCACCCAGUUCUACCUGGAGUUCAAGCCUUUGUUACUGAAUGAUUUGCUGAUGGUGCUCUCCCCUAGACUGGAUCACUCGCGUGCGGUCAACUACUUCACUAAGGUGAAACAGCUGCCUCUGGUCAAACCGUACCUACGCUCAGUACAGAACCACAACAACAAAUCGGUCAACGAAGCACUUAACAACCUCUUCAUCACAGAGGAGGACUAUCAGGCACUGAGGACGUCGAUAGAUGCCUACGACAACUUUGACAACAUCUCGCUGGCCCAGCGCCUGGAGAAGCACGAGCUGAUUGAGUUCAGAAGAAUCGCUGCCUACCUCUUCAAAGGCAACAACCGCUGGAAACAGAGCGUGGAGCUGUGCAAGAAGGACAAGCUCUACAAGGAUGCCAUGCAGUAUGCAUCAGAGUCCAAAGACGUAGAGCUGGCAGAGGAGCUGCUGUCCUGGUUCCUACAGGAAAACAAGAGGGAGUGUUUCACUGCCUGCCUCUUCACCUGCUACGACCUGCUGCGGCCUGAUGUGGUGCUGGAGACCGCCUGGAGGCACAACAUCAUGGACUUUUCUAUGCCGUACUUCAUUCAGGUCAUGAGGGAGUAUCUCUCCAAGGUGGAAGCAGUUAAAGAGCAGGUAGACAAGCUUGAAACGUCAGAAUCCCUAAGAAAAGAAGAGGAGCAAGCAACAGAGACACAACCCAUCGUCUACGGAACGCCUCAGCUGAUGCUGACAGCAGGUCCCAGCGUCCCCGUGGCCCCGCAGCAGGCGUAUGGCUACGGCUAUCAGGCGCCUGCAGGCUACGUUCAACCAGCAGCUCAGCCAGGAUUUGGCUACGGCAUGUGAAGACCCUGCCUCUCCCAUCUGUCCACAUCCAGGCUCCAUCCAUCUCCCACAGUCCUUCACCACACCUGUACUGUCGUCUCUCUGCCUUCGACUAGGAGCGGGGAGAUGAUGCUGACAAAACUUUUUCUUUUCCUUUUUUAAACUGUCAUGAAGGACUUGAGUUUUAUUUCAGUUGUCAAAAGGAUUAAAUCAAAGAAUUUUCUCACAUUCCGUAUUGAUUAGAUUAAUUUUCUUGUAUUUCACUUGAAUGGGAAAUGGUUAAUGUACAAUAGGUGAGCUUGUUGGGAGAGCCAGCGCUCUUCUCAGAUUAAGGUCUGUUGUUAAGCAUCUGAUUUGCACUCUAGUGAGAAGAAUUGUAGAACCUGUUUCCUGUCCAUGUGCGAGCAGCUUCAUUUUUUUUAUUUUUUUUUGGUCCGACUGUACAAUGCGUUGAAUUGUAGUAUAUUCAGACACCAAAACCGCUACUGUGUUCUCUCUUUGCAACAUCAGACUGCUGCUUUCACGACCAUAAUCCUGAAACACUACGUUUUACUAGUCACGGUCCCACGCCUCACUCUUCAGGGCUGUUGGUUGAAGAAAAUCGAAAAACUAUUUUACAUAUGUACGGGAAAGUCUGGUUCUUUCCGGCAAAGCCUAUGCAGAAAUCUCCAAACUCGGUUCUUGUUUUUCUUCAUAACACAUGUCCAUGUGCUUUACACACUGCUUUAACACGGGACCAUUCUGCCUCAGGAGGGACUGCAGACCUGUGUGUGUGUAUGUGUGAGAGUGACACGCUCCUGUUCCACUCUGGUUUGCAUCAGUCUGGUCACUGUUACUGAGUGUGCAGGAGAGAUUGGGUUUCUCCACACUCUCUUCUUGUGUCCUGUUGUGGGUUGCAUUUAAUGUGUUCAGUUGACCUACUCAUCCAAAUCUGAAACCAUGUCUCAACAUGUUGGGGUGUUGACGUUUUUACUAAAGGCUUGCUUGUAUACAGAAAAAUCAAUCAUUAACUCCUUAUAUUCUUAUCUAAAUUACCUUAAAUUUAAAUUGUGCACUUACGAUACUUGAUUGUGCAUAAUCAGGAUCAUAAUGAAACAGCAGUUUUGUUUCCACUUAAAAGAAUAAAAUAAAGGCUUCUUGUUUGUCAA